AUGCCUCCAAAGAAGGCAGGAAAAGGGGCUCCCGCGAAAAAGAAGAAGGAGGCAGAGCAAGAGGCCGUGAACCAAAUAAAGGCGGCGCAACUCAAGCAGUUGAAAGCGGAGUAUGCUUCCAAAUGCAAGCAUUUUGUGACCGAACCGAUGCCAGCACUUGUAAAACGGAUAGAUCAGGAACUGAAGCGCUCAGAUGGAUAUGAGGACAUAGAUAAGAUCAUCCUCAAUUCGAUGAGCCUCAGUCCAAAUGACGUCUAUUCGAUAACCACCACAUUUCACUCGUAUGCAGCGUUGGGAGGGAUUUAUAUUUGGAGGGCAAGUGUGGAAACGAAAGGCUUAGAAGCGCUGGCCGACUUUUUGACCUCUCACCCGACCGUAUCAGUACUCCACCUCAUGGACUGCCAAAUAACACCGCAAAUGGCCCGACCCCUUCGCUCCAUAUGUCAUUUAUCAACUGGACUGAAGACGCUUGUCUUAGACCACAAUCCCCUAGGUGCGGAAGGCGUCGGUAUGAUUUGCGCAGGUAUAAGAGAAAACAAAGCAUCGGCCUUGGUGCGGUUGAGUUUUCGAUACUGUGAAGCUGGAUCUGCCGCAGCGGAGAGCUUGGGAACCGCAUUGAACGGAUGCCUGCAAGAACUGCAGUUUGAUGGGAACUUUCUGGGAGAUUCAGGACUUAUCCCACUUACAAAGUAUUUGCGAAGAAAUAGCACGUUAACCAUUCUCCACAUAGCUGCCAAUCAAAUCUCGAAUAGCCCACUCAUCCCGAUUCCUGUCAACAGUUCCUUCCCCGCUCUCAACCACCAAAAUCAACCCACGCCCCUUUCCACAUUCUGCGCCAUGAUGGGCACCGAGAACACCACCAUAACCCUCCUAGACCUCCGCGGCAACCACAUUGGCUCCCAAGGUGCCGAGCAUGUGCUUGAAAUGCUUAAAUCCCGAAAGUCCCUCUUCACCGCCAAACAGGCUGAACCACUACUUGCCAUGGUCUCAGAACGGAUGAGCGAAGCCAUGUUCGACAAUAUCUGGGAUCUGAAUGAUGCAAUGGCGAUCUCUGGCAAGAAAGGGGGAAAGGGAAAGAAAGGAAAGAAGAAAUAGAUAUAACGGAUGUACAUGUAGAGUUUCCACAAAGCCUGGCUCGGACGGCAGUGAUUAUUUUUUUUUUUUUCCCUUAAUUUAUAUUUCAGAUGUCAUGGUGAACACCGGAGACUUGCUCUUUUGUAAACUCAUGAUGCUUUAAAUUGAACUUCCUUCGGG